AUGAAUAACCCUUUCAAGGUCAUCGUCAGCAGGCAGCGGAAGCGCUACACAAAGAACGGCUUCAAUUUGGACUUAGCAUAUAUAACGGACAGGCUCAUAGCGAUGGGCUUCCCCGCCGAGAAGUUGGAGGGCGUCUACAGGAACCACAUCGACGAGGUGUACAGAUUCCUAGAGCAGAUGCACAAGGACCACUACAAGAUCUACAACCUCUGCUCCGAGAGGUCGUACGACUCCAGCAAGUUCCACGAAAGGGUGGAGAGGUACGCGUUCGAGGACCACACGCCGCCGAACAUCGCGCUGAUACAGCCGUUCUGCGAGGACGUGCACAAGUGGCUGAGCGCGGACCCCAGGAACGUUGCGGUGGUCCACUGCAAGGCGGGCAAGGGGCGGACAGGCACAAUGGUUUGCUGCUACCUGCUUUACAGCGGUCAGAAGCAGACGGCCGACGAGGCGCUCAAGUUCUACGGCACGGCGCGUACCUACGAUGAGAAAGGAGUCACGAUCCCAUCGCAGAGGCGCUACGUGGAGUACUACGCGGCGAUGGUGCGCUCCGGGCUCCAGUAUACGGCGACCAAGCUGCACGUGCGCGAGCUGCUGUUGAGCCCGCCGCCCGCGCUCAACGGCGCCCAGUGCACCCUAGAGCUCACCGCCACACAGCUGGACCCGCCGUUCAAGACGGCGCUGGGCAGCCAGGAGGUGCGCAAGGCGGCGGCGUGCGUGCGCGUGCACGUGGCGCAGUGCACGCCGCUGCGGGGCGACGUGCGCCUCGACCUGCACUGCAAGCCGAAGAUGAUGCGCCGCGACAAGCUCUUCCACUUCUGGUUCAACACCUUCUUCGUGGCGGCCGCCGUCGGCGCGGUGCGCGUGCCGCCGCCCGACGACAGUCCAAACUUGGAAACGUUUAAGCUCACGCUGAACAAGUGGCAGCUGGACGAUGCGCACAAGGACAAGCAACACAAACUCUACAGUCCCGAUUUCAAGGUGGAGCUGAUCGUGCAGAAGCAGCCGUCCUCGUCGACGUUCAGCGGGCCGGGCGCGGGGGGCCGCGCCCCGUCGCCGCCCUCGCCGCCCUCGCCGCCCUCCUCCUCCGCCUCCUCGUGCUCCGAGCCCGACACGGAGCCCGACGCGCACUGGGACUCCGGGCCGGUGUGCGAGCGCGUGGGCCGCUACCGCCAGCUGUCUCCCGACGACGCGCCACACACG